AUGAAAGCAGCAUUAAACAGUCGUAAUAGUAGUAUAAAAUGCCAUCAAUCUACAGUUAAUAACAUUUUACUAGCAUUAGAUGAUAGUGAUAGGAUUACCUUUAAAAAAACACAAAUUUUACUAUUUCUUUCGGGAGAAAUUAAUGAUCUUAAUGGCCGAAUAGAAUAUGUUAAAAGUGGUUACAAAAAUGAUACAACUAUGCUGAAGAAUAACAUCGAACAUAAAUAUCAUGAUAUUGCGAAUAUCAAAAGAAUGGAAAAUACUUUGCACGAUGAAUUGAUAAAGAUUUUGAACAAAUUAGAAUUAAAAAAAGUGGAAUUUUUGUCACUGGAAGAAAGGGCAAUUAAUAUCGAGAAAACAGCAAAACGACUGACUGCAGAACUUAGUGAUCUUGAGAGAAGUGUAGAGUUUUAUCAUGCAAAAUCCAUAUCACUGGAUAGUAGUAUUGUCGAAACGAAGAAACGCCACAAAUUUGCGCACUUAGAACUACUGAAAAGUGAAUCUAAUCUAAUAUCUCUGAAAGACAUUCAAGAAGCCAUGUAUACGAAUGAACGGAGCCUCAACAGCAGGAUUGUGUUAACCCAUGAAGGCAUCAAGACUCUCAUUGAACAGAUAAAUAAUGGAAAGCUUAAAUUAGAUGCACUGAAUAAGCUAGAUGACCGAUAUCUCCAUGUUCAUAACUCGUUGAAGUCUGAGAUAGAGAGUGUAAAAAACAAGGAAAGCUAUUUUAUUGAGAAAACUUCAUCAACACUUCUUCUUCUGUCUUCCAUUCGUGAAUUUAAUGAACAACAAUCAGAGUUAUCUCGUGAGUUAGAGACGAUAAAUAACAACGUGUGUGAGCUAAAUAAGAAGAUCGCCGAAAUAAUGGAGGAAUCCACUGAAACUAAGCGUCUUCACGCAAUUUUGGAGAACAGAAAGAGUGAAUAUAGAGAUGAAAUGGAUAAAAAAUGCAGGGAACUUGAAGCGGCGAAAUUUGCAACAGAUUCAUUACGAGAGGAACUAAUAAAAGUAAAAGAGUUUUUCAAAAAAUCACAACACAGAUAUAAAAAGUGGGAUGAACGGCUCAUAAGAGCAGAAGAAUAUAAUAGAAUAGCACUAGUAAGAGUUUUAAAUCAGAUACAUCAAAGAAUUUGUCAGGAUAAAGAUGAUAUAUAUAAUGGGAAAUUGAAUGUGUUGAUAGAAAAAAUAGAAAAUGAAUUGAGUAUUGACAGGGCUGGUAUGAUAAAAGCAAAACAAGAAGAAAAGGAAUUCACGAUAGUAAAUGAAAGCUUAGGAUUUGAAAGCAAACUUGAGAACAUCAAGAGUGAACACAAAUCCCUACUACAUGAGAAAUAUAGUGAGGUUACCGCACUGGAGAAGGAAAUGGAAGCGCUAGGAAUAAUGAUUUAG